UGUAUUUUUUUUCUGACGCUUAGACCAGAAAAAAAAAAAGGAACUUCCGACAGAGCUACACAUCCGGAUUCGCUUCGCUGCCCGCCGAUCUGCCUCGCCGCCGGCCAGCCACACAGCCGGCGUCGUGCCCACAACCGCCUUCUCAGACAAAAUGGCAAGCUCCGAUUCACCUCCUUCCCAACCUCUCCCUCCAACCCCCAGACCCAGAGUCAGGCACCACCGCUCCAUCGUCCUCCUCACGGCACCGUCCCUCCUCGCCGUCGCCGUCGCCAUCCUCUUCGCCACCUCAACCAACCCCCUGCCGCGCCUCCUCCACCUGCUCCUCAGGCCCAGGUCCCUCCUUACCCGCCCGCCGGAGCCAGUUCCAGCUGCCGACACCUCGGGGCACGCGGGACGCCCACCAUGUGUUCUAUGGAUGGCCCCAUUCGCGUCCGGCGGCGGAUACUGCUCCGAGGCCUGGUCCUACGUCGCCUCCCUCGAGGGGAACGUCGCCGCGGGGUUCGGCGCCAACUACACGCUCUCGAUCGCCCACCACGGUGACCUCGAGUCGCCGGAGUUCUGGCACGGCCUGCCCGAGCAGUCCAAGGACCUGGCGCACAGGCUCGCCACCGCGCGGUGCGAGCUCUCGCGGGCCAUCGUCGUGUGCCACAGCGAGCCCGGCGCGUGGUACCCGCCGAUGUACCAGUCUCUGCCCUGCCCGCCUACCGGGUACGACGAGCCGGCCUUCAUCAUUGGCCGGACGAUGUUCGAGACUGACCGUGUCUCGCCGGAGCAUGUCAGGCGCUGCAACCAGAUGGACACGGUCUGGGUACCGACGGAUUUCCAUGUGUCGACGUUCGUGAAGAGCGGGGUGGAUCCUUCGAAGGUCGUCAAGGUGGUGCAGGCCGUCGAUGUCGCGUUCUUCGAUCCGGCCAAGCACGUCGCAUUGCCACUUCCAAUUGGUUUCUCUGUCAUGGCGUCUGAUGAUUCAACAAUCGGCACGGAAGACAGUAGCUCCAAGGCCAAAGGCUUUGUGUUUCUUAGUGUGUUCAAAUGGGAGCAGAGGAAGGGCUGGGAUGUGCUGCUGAGAGCAUUCUUGCAGGAGUUCUCUGGAGCUGAUGACGUUGCACUCUACCUACUGACCAAUGCCUAUCACUCUGACACCGAUUUCGGAGGGAAGAUCCAUAGAUUUGUGAAAAGCUCUAGCAUCGAGGAGCCAGCGGAAGGCUGGGCAGAGAUCCGGGUGGUUGAUGAGCAUGUCCCACAGUCUGACCUUCCAAGGUUGUACAAGGCCUCAGAUGCAUUUGUGCUACCUUCCCGUGGCGAGGGAUGGGGCAGGCCGGUGGUUGAGGCGAUGGCCAUGGAACUACCGGUGAUUGUGACGAAUUGGUCAGGCCCAACGGAAUACCUGACUGAAGAGAAUGGGUACCCAUUGGACGUGGACAGGCUGACUGAGGUCACUGAAGGGCCAUUCAGGGGCCAUCUCUGCGCUGAGCCAUCAGUUGAUCAUCUGAGAGCUUUGAUGAGACGUGUCUUUGUUGAUCGAGAAGAGGCGAGGAGUAAAGGAAGGAAGGCAAGGGAAGACAUGGUCAAUAGGUUUUCUCCCGAGGUUGUGGCAAUGAUUGUUGCUGAUCAGCUACAGAAGGUGGUUGCCAGUACGCAGUACUCAGUAGAUGGAUAGCUGAAAUGUGAUCAUGAAUUUGGAAGGAAAGUAGAUAUCAUACACCACACGAGUCAUGCAGGUAUGGUAGGCAUGUUAGUCAGUGCUACUUAGAAGUUAUGUGUAUCAGUUUCUGUAAUUGUCGGAUAAACGGUGACUGUUGUUGUUUUGCCUUUAUGCCAUCAUUAAUUGAAUGAUAAGCAAUCAUGUUAUUAAUUUUUGACAUUA